GUGUGUUAGUGGGAUCCCAGUGUGACUUAGCAGAGAGGCGGGUGAAGAACCGAGCUCAAGUCGCGGAGGAACUUUGACUAAAAGCGCUCGCUUUCCCGGCUUUCGUCGGCUUUCUUCUCUCAGUGUGGAUACUAGAGCUAUCAAACAGUUCCAGGUGCGUAAUUACGCACGGAGUCAAAGCCGCGGCGUUGUUGGCUGAGGAAAGCCGCGGACAAAGGGAAGCAGGCUGGACGACAACUGAUUUGAGAAGAGAGGAGUUCCUGUCGGAAGAAAACUGGGGGAGUCGGAAGUGAUUCUUAGUUCUCAUUUGAAGACCCUCGGAGCAUGGGAGGAGUUGCCUUCCAGCAAUAAAAUGUACCCACUACACCGAGAGAGGGAGCAGCCCAUCUUCAGCGCCCGAGCUCACGUUUUCCAGAUCGACCCGGCUACAAAACGCAAUUGGCUGCCGGCCAGCAAGCAUGCCGUCACUGUGUCCUUUUUCUAUGACGCCAGCCGCAAUGUCUACCGCAUCAUCAGUGUGGGCGGGACUAAAGCUAUCAUCAACAGCACCAUCACCCCUAACAUGACCUUCACCAAAACCUCCCAGAAAUUUGGCCAAUGGGCUGACAGCCGGGCCAACACCGUUUAUGGCCUAGGCUUCUCCACUGAGCAGCAGCUGCAACAGUUUGCAGAACAAUUUAAGGAGGUAAAGGAGGCGGCCCGGCUUGCCAGAGAAAAAUCCCAGGAGAGGUAUGAACUGGCCAACCCCGCUCUCAACAUCGCCGCUCCACAGCUGUCUCAGGAGCUGUCGGAUGACCGUCAUUCUCCGCCACUGCUGACAGUUAAUGGACCGGGGGAGGAAAAGCUGUUUCGCAGUAAAAGUGCAGAAGUGGAGCUGACAGUGGAGAAGGAGAGAGUCAAGAAGAUGUUGUCUGAAGGGUCCAUGUGUGAAAUCAACCUGGAGGCAGAACUCUUCACAUUGCAGGACAGUAACGCCAAGCUGGUGGCAGCGCUGCAGGAAGCCAACGGCAGUGUGGAGCAGUGGAAGCAGCAGUUGGCUGAGUACCAGGAGGAGACAGAUCGCCUCCGAGAGCAGGUGUCAGAAUUGGAGGCACAGCUUGGCCAUCCUGCUGCUGCUGCUCACACUGAUAAGGAGGAGCUUAGCCGCUCACUGGAGGAGCUGGAAGCCUUGCUUAGUGCCAAAGACCAGGAGAUACACAGUCUACGGAGCAAGAAAACUGACGUGGGGGAGCUAGAGAGGGAAAGAGAAGAGGCCAUACAGAGACUCCAGGAACUUGAGAGACGAAACACCGAGCUGGAGGGUCAAAUCAAGAGCACCGAAAAGACGCUGUCCUCCAGCAGGGAAGAACAGGAGAAAGCCGAGGUGGAGGUCCGGCAUUUCCUCGAGGCCCUCGAUGUCAAAAUUUGCGACCUGAACGACUUGAGACAAAGUCUGGCAAACCUUGUUGAUAAAUAGUCCCAACUGCAGGCAGUGUGCAGCUCCGCAGUCAAAGCACAUUUCCUCCACUACUCUGAUCUCAUUUGUAUUUGUCAGACACUGCAGUUUACAGUAGAUCUUGGUGAGAUCAUUGCGUGCAUAAGAAACCUCUCAUCGGUACAAUGCGCACAAUGAAGCAAUGAAAUGCUUCAUAUUACAAUAGGAACAUGGCAGACAAAUUUACAGUGGCCACAAACAAGCACCGUAAGAAGAAAACAAACCACUGCUUAUAGUGUCAUCAUUCAGUUCUUUUUGCCAAACCAGACAUUUAUAGCAACAACAUGGGAUUGUUUUUUAAGGACAUUCUGGGCUUAUCACAAUAUUUGGUUUCUUGGACAACGAUGUUCAUAUUUGUGUUUGUAAGACAUCAUUUAGUCAUGAUUUCUGAAUUACUGCCGGUGUCAUUCUCCUAGACUGUGGCAAAUGCACCCGGUUUGCACUGCACUGCACUGCAGGUCAGGGAAGGGACAAAUGGAGAUAAAAAGGCCUGAUUUCAAGUCAGCCACAGUUCACCAUCAGCAGUCUGGUCUGGACUCCCAGCAGCCAGACCCACACUGAGCACCCUGAUCUGUCUGUGGAACACCAAUGUGCAUUAUUCACUCGCUUUGUUUCAACUGCUCUUCUCUCCAUUUUCUCUAUUAUUCAUGUUGAUCGAUGGCGUUACUCGCAGCAAGAGCGAUGCGGCAAAAUUGAAGCACAAAGACGGCGGCUUUACCCCACUCUCCACUGUCUCGCACCCCAAUGCCAAUCUCAGUUUUACAUCAUUAAUGCUUGUGCCAAGUUUGCUUUUGUGUAAGAAUAUCAGUAUUGCAAUGAUCUAGUUCCGCAUCAGUGGUGCAUUAACACUAUUUCCCACGCUCCUCACAAGAUUUGGGCAUAAAAGCCUUUCAGCCUAGAACACUGCAUGAUCUCAGCAGUAUGAAGUAAUGUGAAACUUCAUGAAUUGUGGAUAUGUGCACAUGUGACUGAUCGAUAGAACAAGCACAGCUGCAGUAGUUUACGAAAUGGGUACUUGACUGACUUGCCUCUCAACUUUGUAAAAUUGCAUAAUUUUUGUAUCUCCUCAUUUUAAUGUAAUUUGGGUACAAAUAGGUGCAGGCUAUAGGCACCGCUCACGGUGCAUUUAACUUGCUUUACAUGUGAUUGAAACAGGGUUGUCAAAAUCUAAAAUUUCACCACAUUGCAUUAUUAAUUAACCUGUUUAAUGGAUGAGGAGUUGAUUACUUGGGCUCAACUUUCAUUAUCUCAAAUGGUCAGAAUAAUCACUCGUAACAUCUCAUGGCCGUCUGCCUCAUGAACAAGUUCCACUAUGAUUUUAGCCUGGUCAGCUACAUCCGACCUCAGUUGCCACUUGCAAGCCUUCUUGAAUAUUAGCAAUAAUGUUUCUGGUGUUUGUAACUAGUUUUUCAUUAUUUUGGGGUAAAAUAAAUCUUAAUGCUUUGUUCAUCUUAGCAAUGCAUGUUUUUGGCAUAAUUACAAAAGAUGUCUAUUGCAGCAUUUUUUUCAUGAGUAAAAACAACAAAAAAAACCAGAAUGGCUUCUCAUCCUGAGUACCACACAUUGUCCAAACAAUUUAGAGCACAAAAAGCCUUUCUGGCUUUACUACUUCAAACAGGCAAGUUUUUCCUACAUUUGACCCUCAUCUCAGAAUUAUAUAAAAAGCAAAAAAAAAAAUAUAUUGAUUUUUGGACCAAUUAUUUAUACUUGUGACCUUCUUUAAAGCAUUACAACAAAGUAUUAUACGUUCAGAAUACUGCAUUAGGGUUGUUUUUGACUGCUGACAUGAAAUAAGUACCAUCAUCAGAAUUCUUCUGCACAUUGUCACGAGUAUUUAAUAUCAUAGGUUAAUUUGCUCCUAUACACCCAAGGUUGAUUCCACCUCAUAUUUUACUCCAGUGAAUUCAUGCUGUUGCAACAAACUGGUAGCAAGGCCAGAAAUGAGAAAUGCUACAGUAAUUUUUUGCUUUUUACAGACUGCAGUAAGACAUCUGAAACAUCUGUUGUCAAACAAUACAAAACCAAGUGUUACUACCUAAACUAGGAUUAACAUGCCAUCAUAAUAAAGGACACUAUUCUCUUGUAACUGCAUUAUUCAGUUUAUUUGAGCUUUAUCUGUACGUACAACUCGUUAUGUUACUAAGUGUUGGUAGAUUUAAAAAAUAAAAACACAUAGGGAAAUGUGGCCUAUUAGGGUCACAAUGCUCAUUUCUCAUGACAAUUUGAAUAUGUUGGUAUGUGAGUUUGAAUUGCUUAUAUUUGAACUCUUCAAUUAAAAUGUAUCCUUUGACAUGUCAUUUCCCACUGUCAUUUGCAUUUACAGUAUUAAAAUGGGCAUACUGAAUUUAA